UUCAUUUUUCAUUCACCCACUUUAUUCUCUUUCCUUUGCCUAUAUUUAAACACUUAUGAAAUCCUUUCUACCAUAAUAUUUUCAACCUCUUCUUUGCUCUCACAAAAUGACCAUGACUAUUCUUUACAGGAGGAAAACUAACCUGUAUGUCUUACUGUUACUCCACUUCUUUUGUUACUCUUGUUCCCAAAAGACAUGUCCAAACUGUGGUUCUCUAGAAGUUCCAUAUCCCUUGAGCACGAAUCCCAACUGUGGCAACCCUGACUAUUCUAUCCGUUGUGAUCCUCACUCUCACAAGCUCUAUCUUGAUACCCUUAAUGGAAGCUCUUAUGUCAUCCUCAGAAUUAUGGCCUCGUUCCAGCGUAUGGUGGUGCAACCAUCACCCUGGAUGCCUGGUACCUGUGUUACACAAGACAUGUCAGUGAGUGAGGGACUCUGGUUGAACCAGACUCUUCCGUUUAAUGUUACUUCUUCUAACACUAUCUUCUUAUUUAAUUGUUCUCCUCGUCUUCUAGUAUCCCCUUUAAAUUGCACACCUUCUAGCUUGUGCCAUAAAUAUCUGCUUAGCUCUGGACAUGUAGAUGCUAAAAGGGAACUUCAGUGUGCAAGUGAUGUUGAUCCAUGUUGCACAUUUAUUGCUGGCGGUAUGCCCUCAGCAUACAAGAUACGCCUGCAUAUCUCGGGUUGCCAAGCAUUUAGAAGCAUUCUACACUUGGAUGCUAUGAAGCCAGCUAAUGAAUGGGAAGAGGGAUUGGAAAUUCAAUGGUCUCCUCCACCCGAGCCACACUGUAAAUCACAAUCUGAUUGCUCUGGAGCUUCUACAUGUUCACCUUCUGUUGCUUUGAAAAGAUCAGGAAGAGUCUCAGCCAGGGCUAGGCUUGCUAAGGCAAGAGAAGACAUUCUAAAAUCAAACAAUGGUGGAAAACCGGCCAGGAUGUUUUGUCUUAAGGAGAUGAAGAAAGCUACAAAUGGAUUCUCAAAAGACAGAAUCUUGGGCCAUGGUGGUUUCGGAGAAGUUUAUAGAGGCGAGCUUCACGAUGGAACGAUUGUAGCAGUAAAGUUAGCCAAAGUGGGAAAUGUCAAGAGCACUCAACAAGUACUCAAUGAAGUUGGGAUCCUUUCUCAAGUCAAUCACAGGAACCUGGUCAAGCUUUUAGGGUGCUGCAUAGAAGCUGAACAGCCUUUGAUGAUUUACGAAUACAUUUCCAACGGAACCCUCCACGAUCAUCUUCAUGGUAAGUACUCCACCUUUCUUGACUGGAAAACAAGGUUGAAAAUUGCUUCACAAACUGCAGAAGCAUUGGCUUAUCUUCACUCAGCUGCUUACCCUCCCAUCUACCAUAGAGAUGUCAAAUCUACAAACAUACUCCUAGAUAACGAAUUCAAUGCCAAAGUUUCCGACUUUGGGAUAUCAAGAUUGGCUUGUCCAGGGUUGAGUCAUGUGUCCACUUGUGCUCAGGGUACAUUAGGUUACUUAGACCCUGAAUAUUUUCGCAACUACCAGCUAACCGAUAAAAGUGAUGUUUACAGCUUUGGGGUUGUGUUACUAGAAUUUCUUACUUCUCAGAAGGCAGUUGACUUCUCACGAGACGAAAAUAGUGUCAACUUGGUCUCUUAUGUCAUUCAGCAAGAAAACCACGGUUCAGUUAUGGAUGUAGUGGACAGGCGCUUGCUUGGCGAGGAGCCUUUGACUAAUGUAACUACUGGUAUGGACUCGUUCUUGGCGCUUGCACUUUCGUGUUUAAGAGAAACGAAGACAGAGAGACCCUGCAUGAAAGAUGUUGUUCAGCAACUUCACUGCAUAAGUGAAAUAGUUGAUCAAGAAGAGCCUAUUGAGGUUAGUUAGAAGUAUCAUAGUCCUAGAAGAAAAAAAAUGUCACUGGUCUUGAUCUUUUAAAAUUC